GUGCGCUGUCUUCGUAAAGAUCCAGUUUUUUCUCUGGUCACUUGAGUAGCAGAUGUUGAAAUGUACCACACUCACUUUUUCUUUUGAACGUUUUUGGUACCGCUUUUUUGUCUUCUGGAAACGAAAGCCGAUCAAGUUCGACUGCAGUGUGUCGCUAUCUGUUUUCUCGAUACUUUUCCACCAACCGUGCACUCUGCGUUGAAGGCUGGUGUGCGGCAUUUUCACAGGUACACAGGAGACAGCGUCUCUUAAGAAAUUUCCCCUUUCUAAAACCGCAGAUAAAGGUGUCCCAUUUCUUCCCAAGCAGCAGAGAAGAGUUUUUUCAGCGAGAGAAUCUGCGGAAUUGCCGAUAUACUCUCGGAGUUCGUGGGUCCCCGAAACGAAUCAGUGUUCUCAGCUACAGCAGCUGCUAUGCUUAGGGGGGUGUACCGUGUGCAAAUCGGAGCCCGUUUCCUUUAUCCAUUCGCCACCUUGAAGCCCGAUCUGAAGCGAAGGAUUUGUUCGGCUUUUCUUCACUCGCAUUUCACGCUCCGAAAAAGACUGGAGACCAAAGAUGUCGACACCUGAGGCUCUGGACUUUCAGGCAAUGCUCGCUGAGGCGCGACGAGAGGCGGCGGAACGAAGGCAACGGCAAAUGGAACUUUCCUGCUCCAAUGCAGCUGCGUGUGCAGAACCGACUUUUUCGUGUCAUGAGCAAAGGCAAGCAGAGCCUCCAGGCCAGGUUCCUCAGUCUGCAGUGCCCUCCCAGUGCCGCGGGGGGCUCAGGGCUGUGAAUUCCAUAGAUUUUUUCAAUCUGCUGCAGGCGCCCGCUUGCUGCGAGUCGAGUGGUUUUGAGUGUGAGCCAGGGGCUUCCGAUCGUGAGGCACAGGUGGCUGCGCCUCGGCGAUCGGUCCUCGUUGUCGAUUUGCGAGCAGAAAGCGCGUAUCGAGUCUCUCAUGUCCGACAAGCGGUGCAUGGCGCUGCGUUUCUGCGAGAUUUGCAAGCGGCAAAAAGGCAGCGCGCGGGCCAGACUUGCCCCUGGUCCGGCGUUUCUUUGCCGGAAAACCUCGUUUUUCACGCGUCUUCUGAUGAAGGAAACGAAGUCUUUUGGAGCUUCUCGCAGUCGGGCGGCGCAGAGGCAGCAGCUGCCAGUCCGUUGCGCGCAUCGGGUGUGGCGGGGAAGACGGAGACGAGGAAAGACGGAGACUCUUUGCAGGAAGAGUCGGAGGCAAAGCGACACUUGGAGGCCAUUCUAGCGGAACUCGCAGAUUUGUGCGGAAACCCAGGUUCGGAGGAGGACGCGCUUCCCGGCGAAGGAACGCGGGACGGGAUGCAGAAACACCGGAGGAACGACAAAUCCGCGAACCCGCAUCUCUUCUGGUUGGACUGCGGGUUCAGAGCAUUUCGUAAUGCCUUUCCAUUUCUCUGUCUCAGCUCUGAAGACGAAGCCGCGGCGGCAGUCAAGAUGAACGCAACUGCUGCGGCUGCGUUGAUGAGUUACCCGCGACAGAUUUUUCGGCGGUCUGCUCAGGUGUCCAGACACCCGAGUCAGAGUUCCACUUUGGAGGCUUCGCAUCCGUCUGCGGACAGCCACCCGGAUUCUUGCGUUUCGCCGGUUCAGGCGGUUUAUCUGGGUUCCCCGUUGCAUGCAUUGAGUCGAGGCAUUCGCAGACGCCUGCGCAUCACCACCAUUCUCGAUUUUUCCGCAGAAGGUUUGCCGGCAGCUUGUGGAGUAUGCAGCUGCCACACCUGCCCGGCUUCUGACUGCAGAACGCAAUCCACAGGCUCUGCGAGCCAAGACGGAACGCGUAGAGGCGCAGCAGGCUUGCCGGAGGAAUCUGAAGCUCUGGCAAGGACUCGCGGUGCAGCACGAGAGACGCCGACUGGCUCCGCUGCCGCAGAGAAGCUGGGGCAGAGCGCAAGCCACGUAGAAAAGGAGGCGGAGGCGCGAGAAGAACAGGUGACAUCGCUGAGAGUUGUUCGUGCGUGGGACCUCAGAGAGACAAGCGAGUCGUCGGAACCCCAAGAAAACGUAUGCAGUCGACUGCUGCGGAAAGCGGGAUCGGUCGCGAGUUCCGCUGUCGAGUCCUCUCUUUGUCUGGAGUUUUUCGUGGAGGUGAUUCGCGGCGGACUCGGGAAAGAGCCGCUUCACGAGGCUGAAGGCGUCCGGUCUCUCGCCGCUGCGUCUCCAGAGUUGCCUGUGGCUGGAACAGCAGCAUUUCCAGACGAAAGAAAGGCUGAAGAAACUGGCGGAUCUGUUCUUGUCGUUCACAGCAACGAUGUGCGCAGUGUCAGUGGAUGCAGUGCGGCUUUGGCGGCCUUUCUUGCCUCGGAGAAAGUAGCUCGCGACCGGUGUGGGUCUGUAAAGACCGUCCUUCAGUUGACCACUGGCGGCGACAAAGCCUCUGUAGCUCUCGCGCGCCUGAUGCGCCGCUGGCCGGCAACCCGCCUCGAGUCUCAGCACCUUCGGCAGCUUCAUCGAUUCUGCGAGAGGCUUGGUGGGACUGGCGGCGACACGAAGAAGCGGCAGGUGGUAUCGGGUGGCCUUCUCGUGGACGUUUCCGGGGGAGUUUCGCGGAGAGGCGCUUUGGAAGAGAGUCCAACUCGAAGGGAGAAAACUGGAGGCGAGGAGCUCGCUGAGGAAAGCCGAUGUGUGCGCAGCGGAGAGGACAGAGCUUUCGGUGCGGUCGAGCGCGAAGCCCCCGAAGAGUCGAGCCUCGACCUUCGUGAUGCAGCGAUGAAAAUGACUCUCAAUCUUUGUCGCCUACCUUCAGACCCAGUUUUCCUGGUGCCUGAAAUAAGUCAGGUUUCUGCUUCUUCUCUUCCAGAUGGCGGCGCAGAAGACGCGCUUUCUGCGUGUGGAACGGCUUCGUUGGUUGCGCUGUUGUGGGAUCUCGAAUCGGUUUUCAACAAACAACGGGGCCCUCGACAAGAGUCCUCGAAGUGGAAGGAGCAUGUGCGUACUUUGUCUGACUCUGCCACGAAUGAAGAGCAGACUGCCAGACGCGAGACACAACUCCUGGCAAGCGGACUCGCAGCCUUGCUGUCUCAGAUCCAUCAGAAAACUUGGUCGCGAAGCGGCGCUUCUCGGCAGGCGUCAGGGGCUCUGUCCUAUUCAGAGGACGCUGCUCCUGCCGACCCACGAAUUGGGCGCGUCGUAUUGCGUUCCCUUGCGGAGGUCGAGCGUAGCGUGAAGAAACGUCUACUUCAGCUUGCGCCUUCGGAAGCAAGAGAAGAAACAGAGGACGCCGUGGAAGCGGAAAGCCUUUGGUCUUCGCCGUGGGAGCUCCUUGCGAACUGCGUGGGGUGUUGGGCAGCAAGAGUGGUGGGGAAGACUGGCGCCGAGGAAUCCGAAAAAGAAAAAGAACUACAAGGAGCGGAAGACUCGAAACGUCCUGCUGUGAGGCUGCCCGCGAAAGGCGCCCCAGUGAGUUCAGUCGAGAAAGCAGCUGUCUUUCAAGGUCUGCAUCAGCUGCUAGAAAUGAGUUUCGAGCGUCUCAGGGUUGCAGACAGGGAAAGUGAAAGCUCUGCAGUGGGGGCGUAUCUCUUGAAUUUGACACUUUUGAAAAACGCUCUGGAGAGGCCGACUGAGGAACGAGAUAUCGGGGAUUUCAGUGAGCAACGGUGGUUAGAAGAGGUAGGAAAGCCGGGGAACCAAGUGUCGAAGAGAGAAGCAGACGAACGGAAGCGCCUGAAGAAGCUUCUCGUCGCUUUCUUAGUGCAAGUAGUCGGGAGGGAGGCUGCAGCGUUCCUCGCCCUCCACAGCGAGGGUGUCCCAGACAGUUCGCAAUCUCGUACAUCUCGUCUUGGUCGUUCAGAGAGUGGGCAUACCGCGAACUCCAUGCGAUUUGCCAACGAGCCGGAAGAAAGGCAGGAAACGCUUUUAGGGCGACCAACCAGCGGGAUCUGUCUCGCUCUGACAGCGCUGUACGGUGCAUUCAUCAAGCCGAUGUUCCUCGACGCGUUCCACUCCGCACCGGCGACUCGAGACAAAGCAUGCAGUGGUCGACACAAAAACAACAAAGCCGACAAAAGCAAAAAGAGAUUGAAAGAGCUGUUUAAAACCGAGAGCAUGUGCUUUGUGCUACAAGUAGCAGAAAUGUGGAGCGCGAUGCACCCAACCGAAGGGUUCGAGGCGCUCCAGAUGCUGAAACGAUGCCUGUCAAACGACACGGAAGACAACGAACAGUGUGACGAGAACGGGCUUCCCCCCUCGCUCGGAAUCAUUUUAAGACCGAUUGUGCUCAUCGCGAAUGAGAUAGAGGGGACAGAAUAAAAACGUAAAAGAUGUGCGUUGCGUGUUUUUAUGGAGUGUUUCGUGCCGAUCACGAAGUGCAAGUUGUGGGCUGAAUAGCGAGGCAUCGGAAUGCGCUACCUGGAGAACUCAAAUACCCCAUUUAUUGCCUUGACUGGAAAAUUCACCGUGGCGGGUUCGCUGGCGAAUGAAGGCGUAAGAGCCGUGUGAAGGGUUUGGGUUUCGGUUUUUAUGGUGAGCGAUGUGUCUCUCGGCUGCGAAAACCCUUUAGUAUGAGACUUAUGAAGGAAUGAGCUUGAUUCGGGUUGUGGAAGCAGGCGUGUACCGAAACUUCAGUAAACUUUUCGGGGGAUCUACAUUUUUCGUGGUCACUUGGUGAUAAAUCCUUGAGAUGGGAAGCCGAAGUCAUGUAGAUCGUUAUUACUCCCUGUCUGCGCUCUCUGUGUGCGAUUAGUGUAGUUAAUGUAAGCAAACGCCAGUAGAACGAAAGAAAAACGAUUGUCAAACCAAUAGGGGCACACCAAAGGAAGAGGUGGUCACUCCGGUUGUACGAGGUAACGUCCGUAUGUUUUAAGUGAUUCCGAAAAUGUUGUUUUCUGUGGUGGGUUUUGCGUCCAGAGAAAUGACAGGGAUGAAAGAGAGUCGUCUCGUUGCAAGAUCAAGUGCGUGAGGUUGCAUCUACAGCCUCGGGGAACAGUGGUGCACUCUUGAUCCACAGCUGCUUCGGAGUUUGAAAAAAUUAGUUAGGAUACCGAACAAGUCACGCA